AUGUACACGCGCGGCGGAGGCGGCGGCGGCCGGCGCGGAGGCCGGGUCGACCAGGGAGACGGCCGUGGAGGAGGCGGUGGCGCCGGCGCGGGCCGUGGGCGCGGCCGUGGGGCCGCCGCGGACCUCGGCGCUCACCCUACCGACGGCGCGCGCGGAGGGGGUGGUGGCCGUGGUGAUCGCGGAGUUGCUGCGGCGCCGGGCGCUGCCCAGAGAGGGGCCCACUUCCAGCCCCCGCAUCCGGCGGCCGGGGCCAGGAGAGGUGGCUACCCUGGCGUGGCUCAGGGGCGCGGGCAGCAGGUGGCCUCGCCGGCGCCGACGCCGACGCCUGUGGAGGUUGAGGUGCUGAGGCGCCAGGUGGAGAGGAAGGUGGUAGUGUCACAGGCGCCGGGGGGGCCGCGCGAGGGCCCGUCGUCGUCCCCAGCGCAGAGGCAGGCUCCGGCGCCGGGUCUAGCGCCUGCGGCGGCGGCGCGACCGCAGAUGCAAGCGAAUGCGCCGGGCCGGCUGGCGCAGCCGGCGGCUGCUGGGAGCCCAUCGCCGCUCCCAGCACGGGCGCCAGCGCCGGCGCCGGGUCAGGUGGCCGUGCCGGCGCCUGCAGGGAGCUCAUCGUCGUUCCCAGCACGGGCGCCGGCGGCGCCGGGUCAUUCGGCUGCGGCUGCGCCGCGACUGGAGAUGCAAGGGAAGGCACCGGUUCAGACGACACAGAUGGCGCUGGCGGCGCCUGCAGGGAGCCUGCCUCCGACGUCUAGCAAGGCGCUGGUGCUCCCCCCGCUGUGGUCGGUAUCUUCAAUUCUUAUUACACAGGUAGCGAUCACUCCUGAAUCGGCCUCACGGGCAAGAAACAGAUGGAUCAUCAACGAGCUCGUGAACCUGCACAAGGAGCACUUGGACGGGCGGCUUCCUGUUUAUGAUGGAAGGAAAGCCCUAUUCACAGCAGGCCCACUGCCAUUCAGAGCGAAGGAAUUUGUGCUCAUGCUAACAAACCCUGAGAGGGCAGGCCAGGGGGAGAAAGAGUACAAGGUGGUGAUCAAGGACGCCGCCAAAAUUGAUAUGUACAGCCUUCAGCAGUUCUUAGCUGGUAGGCAGAGGGAAAUGCCACAGGAGAUUAUCCAGGCUCUUGAUAUCGCCCUAAGGGAAUGCCCAGCUACUAGGUAUACAUCAAUCUCUAGAUCAUUCUUCUCAUCACAAGAAUUUGGACCUGGUGGACUGCUCGGAAAUGGUGUCGAAUGCUGGAGGGGUUACUAUCAGAGCCUACGCCCUACACAGAUGGGCCUAUCACUUAAUAUUGAUGUUUCUGCGACCGCAUUUUACAAGGCUCAACCUGUUAUAGACUUCACAGUUGAGUAUCUCAACAUCAAUGCUUCAAAGCGUUUGUCUGAUCAGGAACGCAUAAAACUGAAGAAAGCACUUAAGGGUGUCCGGGUCGAGACCACGCAUCGCCGUGGUAUAUCCAUACGUUACAAGAUUACAGGGCUAACCUCAGCUCCAUUGAAUGAUUUGACGUUUGAUCAAGAUGGCAUAAGGGUAUCUGUUGUGCAAUACUUCAGACAGCAAUAUAAUUACUCACUGAAAUACACUCACUGGCCGUGCCUUCAAGCUGGCAAUGCUAGCAGACCGACCUAUUUACCUAUGGAGGUUUGCAACAUAGCUAAGGGACAACGCUACACAAGUAAGCUGAAUGAGCAUCAAGUCAGAAAUAUCUUGAGGUUGGCUUGUGAGCGACCAGCACAGAGGGAGGAGAGGACUUUGGGGGUACUCAAGAAGAACAACUAUACCGCUGAUGAUUAUGCAGGAGAAUUUGGCAUUAAGGUGAACCAGCAACUUGCCUUGGUUGAUGCUCGUGUGCUUCCAGCUCCAAAGCUUAAAUACCAUGACUCUGGAAAAGAAAAGGUCUGUAAUCCUUCCGUUGGCCAGUGGAACAUGAUUAACAAGAGAAUGGUUGAUGGAGGAUCCAUCAAACACUGGGCAUGUCUAACUUUUGCCUCUCGUAUCAAUCCAAAUGAGAUUGGGAGGUUUUGUGGGGAUCUUGUAAUGAUGUGCAAUAGCAUUGGCAUGCAAGUGAAUACCCAACCGUGUGUACAAAUCAAAAAAGCACGCCAAGAUGAUGUAGAAGCUGCAAUCAGAGAUAUCCAUGGACAUUCUUCACAAGUGCUUGCUCAAAAAGGUCUAACUGGGCAACAUCUUGAGUUACUCAUCAUAAUUUUACCUGAUAUGAGUGGUUCUUAUGGAAUGAUUAAAAAACUUUGUGAAACUGAGCUUGGUGUGAUAACUCAGUGUUGCGCACCUAAGAAUGUUAUGAAAGGAGGAAAACAGUUUCUUGAAAAUCUUGCCCUAAAAAUCAAUGCUAAGGUUGGAGGGAGGAACACAGUGCUUGAAGAUGCUCUGAACAGGAGAAUACCACUUCUGACAGAUGUUCCUACAAUAGUCUUUGGGGCUGAUGUUACCCAUCCACCUCCUGGUGAGGGCUUGGCUCCAUCUAUUGCAGCGGUUGUUGCAUCCAUGGAUUGGCCACAAGUUACUAAGUACAAAUGCCUGGUAUCUUCACAAGGGCAUAGGGUCGAAAUCAUAAAUGACCUUUUCACAGAAGUGAGAGAUCCAGUGAAGGGCAUUGUCAGAGGUGGAAUGAUUAGGGAUUUGCUUGUAUCAUUCAAAAAAUCAACUGGCCAUAAGCCUUGCAGGAUAAUAUUCUAUCGAGAUGGUGUUAGUGAAGGGCAGUUCAGCCAAGUCUUGCUUUAUGAAAUGGAUGCUAUUCGGAAGGCAUGUGCAAGUUUGGAGGAGGGCUAUCUUCCAAAGGUCACAUUUGUUGUUGUGCAAAAGAGGCAUCAUACCCGCCUGUUUCCUGAAAAUCAUCGUGAUAGAGAUCAGACGGACAGGAGUGGAAACAUCCUACCUGGGACGGUUGUUGACACAACAAUCUGCCAUCCCAGCGAGUUUGAUUUUUACCUCUGUAGCCAUUCUGGUAUUCAGGGAACAAGCCGCCCAGCACACUAUCAUGUUCUUUUCGACGAAAAUGGUUUCUCUGCUGAUGCAUUGCAAACCUUAACUUACAACCUGUGCUACACCUAUGCCCGGUGCACUCGUUCAGUCUCUAUAGUUCCUCCAGCGUACUAUGCGCACCUGGGUGCGUUCCGUGCGCGCCACUACAUAGAGGACGACAUUUCUGAGCAGGGCUCAUCGACAGGGACGUCACGGACGUAUGAUCAAUCUGUCCCAGUGAAGCAACUCCCCCGAAUUAAGGAAAAAGUCCAGCAGUUCAUGUUCUACUGCUAGAGGUGGAUGGUGGUAUCCCUCCGAGACCUGGCGUUCUGUGGUCGUGCAUGGCUUAGAAGUAUCACCCUUGUGUUUAUCGUUUUGUAUGGCGCAUUGGCGCAACCUGUAGAGUCUCACCUUGUCAUGCAUGCUUGUUCUUAAACUGAAGGCUUUUGUGAUUCUGAAAUGCUUCUGUUUGCUGUAUGAAGAUGUUCUGAUUGUCCUAAACCCUAAUAUCCUUGGUGUGUUCUCUAGGGGCGAAAGAAACCAUCAUUCUUGGCUGUUACAUUCAUAAUAGUGUUUAUGACACGUUACUGAUUGCGGAAUAGUGUA